GCAGUCGUACGAAGUUCAGUGGUUGAGCACCAAUAAUGCGGCUUCUCCUCCCCACCUACAAGAACCCCAAGUUGAAUUGAUAAAUCGACAAGCUUGUCCACCGCGCAGUCUGUACGACAAGGGCCGGGCAAACCGCCACCUGGCAGCGCCACGUAAAGGACUACCAGGCCGUGGAUUGAUCCCAUGAAGAGAGGCUUUUGCGUUGUGGUCUCGCAGAUAUCUCCCUUCAUUCCUCGUUCCCCUUUAACUCACUAGAGAUGCCUCCCAACGUUGAUCCAGCAAUCCUUGAGGCCUUAGGCCUCGAGGCAACAAGCUCCAAGCUGAUUCCCCAUGGCGGCUCGGGCUUCUCCUCCACCUUCAAGCUGGUUGCAACCAAAGAUGGCGAAGACAUCGCCUACUUUGUCAAAACCAAAUCCGGGCCCGAUGCUGAGAUCAUGUUCCGAGGCGAACACGCCUCACUGAACGCCAUCCAUGCCGUGGACCCCACGCUCUGCCCACGCUCCUACGCCCACGGCGCCAUGCGUUCGUCGCCAGGCGAAUUCUUCCUCGUCACUGACUUCCUCAACUUGGGCACUUCUGCCACCACAGGCGGCGGCGGCGGCGGCACGGGUUUGUCUCUCGCGGCCAAGCUUGCUAAGCUCCACACAACGCCGGCCCCGAUCCCGAAAGGGUUGUCCAAGCCCAUGUUUGGGUUUCCCGUGCCAACUUGCUGUGGUGCGACUAAGCAGGACAACGCCUGGACAGAGUCAUGGGCCGAGUUUUAUGCCGAGCACCGCCUGAGAGCCAUCCUGAGGGAAGGUGUUAGGAAUAACGGGCGAAAUAAGGAACUGGCCGAGGCGGUGGAGACGGUGGCCGGUAUGGUGGUGCCCCGGCUGCUUGGGGACGGCCAUCUCAAGGGGGCGGUACCCGUGGUUGUGCACGGUGAUCUGUGGAGCGGAAAUCACGGGCGGGGAACCAUCGCGGGCAAGGGAGGGGUGGAGGAGGUAGUGUUUGAUCCGGCCUGCGUUUACGGGCACUCAGAGUAUGAAUUGGGAAUCAUGCGUAUGUUUGGAGGGUUUGGGAGAGGGUUUUGGCAAGAAUAUGAGGCACUGGUCCCAAACGCCGAGCCAAAGGAAGAGUGGGAGGAUCGGAUUGCCUUGUAUGAACUAUAUCACCAUCUCAACCACUACGCUCUGUUCGGAGGGGGAUAUCGGGCCGGCGCCAUGUCGAUCAUGCGGAGGCUGAUUGCUAAGUAUGGGUAACUUGGCCCAUGGGAGGGUUCGGCUAUACCACAAAGUCACACCCGGAUUGAGCUGACGUUGUUGUGUCAAAGCCGCUGCUGGUGAUGCCGAUGGUCGGUCAACACGCCAAUGUUCUCGUAGACGAGCAGUAGGACAUAGAGGGAAUACCAGAGAAGUAGAUUGGCUAAAUGGUAAGAUGCCGACGAAAGAGAGAAAGGGUUACUCCAGAAGAAGAAAGGGAGAAAGAAAGGGCCUCGUACGACAAUAAAACAUGGUUGCCUGGCGAAG